UAGACUUUGAUAGUGACUGAAACGAAAAAUAUUGAUGUAUCGAUAAAAUUGGUUAAACUUCAACGUAAUAAAUGAAAAUUACUCUAAAAAAUAAGACAAAGAAACCUACCCGCCACAAACGUCUGGUGCAUAUACCGACUAAAACCCUCCUGUGAAAGCUAAAACCACAUCGGCACCAUCUGCACAACCAGCCCAUUCCCAGUAUUGGGUUUUCUGCAGAAACAAAAACAAAAAAUGGGUAACAACAAGCGGUUCAAGAACCACAAGCCCCAUCGUGGACAAUCUAGUCGGACCAAUAACCAUCUUCCACAUGAAGGUGAUUCUCUACCAUCUGAUCAAGCUACGGAAGAGGAGCCAACGGGUCCCAAAAUCCAGCUUGCAAUGUGGGAUUUUGGCCAAUGUGAUGCAAAAAAGUGCACAGGACGCAAGCUUUCAAGAUUUGGGUUUUUGAAAGAAUUGCGUGUCAAUAAUGGUUUUGGAGGAAUUGUUUUGAGUCCAGUUGGGACGCUUUGUGUCUCAAGAGAAGAUUAUAGCUUAAUCCAGAGAAAAGGAUUAGCUGUUGUGGAUUGCUCUUGGGCACGCUUGGAUGAUGUACCGUUUGUGAAGCUGCGUUGCACUGCUCCUCGCCUCUUGCCUUGGCUUGUAGCAGCAAAUCCGGUAAAUUAUGGUCGACCCUGUCAACUAUCUUGUGUGGAGGCAUUAUCUGCAGCUUUAUUCAUAUGUGGGGAAGAAGAAACUGCAAAUUUGUUGCUUGGAAAGUUCAAAUGGGGUCAUGGUUUCCUGUCCCUCAACAGGGAACUUCUAAAGGCAUACUCUAAAUGUGAAAAUAGUGCUGAUAUUAUUUCAGUCCAAAAUGAUUGGCUUUCACAAAAUAGUCAACUUCCAAAGGUUCCUGCAGAAGUGAAAGGAGCGGACGAGUCAUCCCUCAGAGAAGAUGAGGGCUCUUAUGAUUCCGACGACGGACUUCCACCACUGGAAAGGAAUAUGAAUCAUUUAGACAUACAGGAAAGUGAUGAUGAAAGUGAGUAACGAAGGGAAAAUGUUAUAUUUCCAGUGUGAUUUAAUAUGUAAAAAUGCUCUUAAAGACUUUUUCUAGCUGACUCUACUAAUAUAUCCAAUCAGCACGUCAUUUUGGCUUUUGGUAUGUGCUGAGGUUUGUUUAAUUAAUUAUUGUAAUUUCAAUUCUUUUUGUCUCAUGCCAAAACUAAAAUCCUUUUGCUCCCCGAGUGACAAUUUUUACGUUUA